CAAAUUAAAAAUAAAAAUAAAAAAUGAAGCAACAAAUAAGUUUUGGUAAAAAUUGAUACUUUGGUAGACAUAAAUACCCCCAUCUCACUAUCUUAUUCACAAAAAUGCCCUUCACCCCCAGAAACAAGGCAAUGCCACCAAAAACUCAGUUCAGGUCCUUCAUCUUUCAGCUGAGAAAAACCACAAAGAUCAUAUUUUUAUCAUAAUAAUCUUCAAUUAAAUCAAUGCUACAAUGAAUACCCUUAUCACUAAAAGAUUCAAUAUUCAGAUUUUCCCUCAAUUUUCACCUCAAAAUUUUCUCUUUCACUUUCCACCACUUUCCAAGAAAACCCCACAUCACAUUCAUCCAUUUCCAAGAAAAUCUCCCUUUACUUCCAAGACACUAACUUUAUGCUCUGUUACAGCUUAUGAGUCAUUAUCUUGUGGUGGUUGGGAUGACCCAAGUUUCAUUGGUGAUCCAAUUAACCCUGGUGAGUCCAAUCAGCUUAGCAGUUUUCUUAAUAAACUAGGAAUUAAUGAUAAAAAGUUUGUUUUUGUGUACCUAUUGGGGUUUGUUUGUGCUUUGGCUAUUUCAAGGGUGAAAGUUUCCUCAAUUAUAGCAAUUCCAGGUUGUGUUAUUGUUUUUGCAGUUGGGUUUUUUAUUGGGGUUUUUAAUGGUGGUGGUAAAAUGAGCGUAGAUGGUAAUGUUAAGAGAUUGCAUCAAGAUCAGACUUUUAAAGAUUUUAAUGAGAAACUAAGGAGUUUGGUGGGUUUUCUUGAUGGGGUUGAAGUGGAGAUUGGUAAUUUGAAGAAGGGUGUUAGGCAAGGUAUUGAGUGUAAUCAAAUUACUGUGGAUGAUUUGCACAGUUUUGGGAAGAGUUUGGAAUCUAUGAAUUUUUGUGCUGUCAAUGCUAGAAAGGUUAUAGAAGGUUGUAUUGAAAGUUUGUCAAUUGAGAGCCAAGAAAUGGAAAGAAGAGUUGGUCAAAAGUCGAGUAAGAGGAAAAAGGAGCCGGGCAAAUAUGGCUUCGACUUCUCUCAGAUUGCUGCAGGUUUGUUUCACACAAAGUCGGAUUUGAAGUCUAGUAAAAUGAAAGAAAAUGAUGAGAGUGAGUUGAUCGACACAAAGAUGAAUGUGUCUAAGGAAGGGAAUAUCUUGAGUUCUGAUACUAAAGAAAGGCGUUUAAAUUUUGAUAUGAAUCUAGACGGCGUUAGACAAGACAGAGUGGGUGAGACAUUUGGGAAGGCCAGCAGAACGAAUGGAGUUUCUGAUGGAAAUAUCAACUUCCCCGAGAUGGAUGGUAACACUGUUAAAUCAGUUUUCAACAGAGAGGAAUAUAGUUAUCAGACAAGAAGAGUACAAUUUAUGAGGAACCAACAGGUAUCUCAUAGAAUGAGUAAUAUUAGUGAAUUUGAAUCUUGGGCAUCUGAUGAUGGUUUAGUUGAUUCUAUGGAUUUUAGUGUCACUGAAGCAUCUUCAUUACAUGAAAAGGAGGUGGAGAACUUGGAAGGAAUAAGUAGCCAUUUUGGUGGAAAAGAAAAUGAUGAAGAGACUUACAAGCAUUUUCUUGGAGAUGAGAUGAGAAAUUAUGAAAAGGAACCGUCCAUGGUUAGAGAUGAGGCCUCAAAUGAAUUUGAAUUUAGUCCCUCUCCAUCUUCAGCAGGUUCCAUUGAUUUGCAAUUUAAUAAGUACCUUACUGAGGCUAAUUUUCUAGUAAAAGAAGCAAAGGACUGUUUAAGGAGGCAAGCCGGUGACAAGCAUGCUGAGAACGCCUUUUACGAGUCUGCCAUAUUGCUCUCAAAAGCUAUAGGUAUCCGGCCCAUGAGUUUAUUGGCUGUGGGACAGUUGGGAAACACUUACCUUCUUCAUGGAGAACUUAAGUUAAGGAUCAGUCGCGAUUUGAGAGCUUUACUAUCUGAUGCUGUACCAGUGAAUAAAAGGCCUAAAAUACGUGAUGGACUAGAUGAUAAGGUUCCAAGGGAAGAUAAAAUUACAUCUUAUCUUGUAAAUGUCUGUGAAGAGUGUGAAGAUCUACUUAUUAACGCAGGAAGGCAGUAUAGGUUGGCCUUGUCGAUUGAUGGGAAUGAUGUGAGAGCCUUGUAUAAUUGGGGGAUAGCUCUCUCAUUGCGUGGGCAGUUGAUUGCAGACAUCGGACCUGGUGCUGCCCGUGAUGCCGACAAAGUUUUCUUGGCUGCAAUUGAUAAGUUUGAUGCAAUGAUGUCCAGAGGCAAUGUUUAUGCACCUGAUGCUCUUUUCAGAUGGGCCACAGCAUUGCAACACAGAUCUCGCCUACGGCCUAGAACAAGUAGAGAGAAGGUGAAGUUAUUGCAACAGGCACAAAGGCUAUAUAAAGAUGCCCUUCAUAUGGACUCCGAUAACCUUCAAGCACAAAAGGCCUUGUCGUCCUGCAUAUCUGAGCUCAAGUACUGGUAUAGAUAGUCAUACAAUGCAUUUUACUUUUCCUUCUUUUUCACCAUUUGAUAAUAUUAAGCCCGCAUAAACAAAGCUUACAUAUUUAUCAUCACCGUGUUGGUUGAGAUAAUAAGCAGGGAGCUAAUUCUUUUCCUCAAAUGUUGUUGCUUACUAAAUACAAAUUUCUCAUUCAUCUGUCAAAUAAUAGAUAAAAUCCGAAGGAAGUUCAAGCUA